AUGAUGAUGCGGCGGGUGGCGCCGCCGGAGGCGGCCGACGAGAGGGCGGCGGCGGGGUCGGGGUCGGCGGGCGGCGUGCCCGGCUGGCUGGAGGCGCUGCUGGGCACCCGCUUCUUCCUCGCCUGCGCCGCCCACCCGGGCUCCCCGCGCAACGAGACCAACAUGUUCUGCAUCGACUGCCGCGCCACGCCCGCCGCAUUCUGCUACUACUGCCGCUCCCACCGCCACGCGUCCCACCGGGUCAUCCAGAUACGGCGGUCGUCCUACCACGACGUGGUGCGCGUGACGGAGGUGGAGGACGUCCUCGACAUCGCCGGCGUGCAGACCUACGUCAUCAACAGCGCCAGGGUCCUCUUCCUCAACGAGCGGCCCCAGCCGCGCGGCGCCGGGGCCGCCGCGGGCAAGGCCGCCGCCUCGCCCUACAACUGCGAGAUCUGCGGCCGCGCGCUGCUCGACCCCUUCCGCUUCUGCUCCCUCGGAUGCAAGUUGGUGGACACCAAGAUGCACGGCCACGAGGCGGCCACCGGCAAUGCCGUCAGCGGCGGCGAUGAAGGCGAGGCGGAGGCCGGCGGGAGCAAGCACGGCGCGCGGCCUCAGGGCCGGCGGCGGAAAGGGACGCCCCACCGCGCGCCCUUCGGCUCGUGACAUCCGUCCAAGAUCAAACGGCAAUGCCAGGGAUGGGGAGGAAGAGCACGCCAAAAGGAAGAGCUUCUACUCCCUCACACACCCAGAAAAGAAACAAAAAAAAAG